AUGAGGUGCGAGCCGGGAAGGUGUGUGAGGGAAUAUGUGAGCGCUGCGCCUCCUGGCCUGUCUUCGUUCUCUCUGACAUCAAACCACGAGCAGCAGCACCCGACGGCCGGAGGAGACCAGCAGCAGCAGCAGCAUGUCAUUCAGCACCGAGCAGCGGGCCAAGCCCAACAGCCUAGAGUACCGGCUGUUCUUCAAAGACGGCAAAGGACGAUAUAUAUCUCCAUUCCAUGACAUCCCCCUGUAUGCCGAUGAAGCAAAGGGCAUAUUCAACAUGGUUGUGGAAGUCCCACGAUGGACCAAUGCAAAGAUGGAGAUUGCCACAAAAGACCCUCUGAAUCCAAUUAAACAAGAUGUUAAGAAAGGCAACCUGCGUUAUGUGGCUAACGUGUUCCCUCACAAGGGCUAUAUAUGGAAUUAUGGAGCCCUCCCACAGACCUGGGAAAAUCCAUCUCACAUUGACGAGAAUACUGGUUUUGGUGGUGAUAAUGACCCAAUUGAUGUCUGCGACAUCGGGAGUAAGGUGUGUGAAAGAGGAGAGGUCAUUAAGGUUAAGGUCCUUGGUACCCUGGCAUUGAUUGACGAAGGAGAAACUGACUGGAAAUUAAUGGUGAUCAAUGUUGAAGACCCCGAGGCUUCUCACUAUAAUAACAUCGAAGAUAUCAGAAGACUGAAACCCAAUUAUCUGGAAUCCACUGUUGACUGGUUCAGAAGGUACAAGGUUCCCGAUGGAAAGCCAGAAAACCAGUUUGCUUUUGAUGCAGAAUUUAAAAAUAAGGAUUUUGCAAUAGAAGUGAUUAAGUGUACCCAUGCUCACUGGAAGGCGCUAGUAACCAAAAAGACGAACGGAGGAGAAAUCAGCUGCACUAAUACCACUGUAGAAGUCAGUCCAUUCAUUUGCAAGCCAGAUGAAGCUCAAGCCUACGUUGAUGCUACUCCUCCUUGUGGAUCUGCGAGCCCUAUCCCAGCUGAUGUGGACAAGUGGUACUAUUAUCAGAAGAACUAAUUAGCAGGUGAAGACCUCUCGCUAUUAUCGCAUGCAUUUCCCCAGGCAUUUGGAUGUGCAGUAUAAAGAAGAUAUUGACAGAACCGACAUGAUCAUGUAAACACAGGAUGCUGUAACCCUUUUAAGUGAAGAAUGGUAGCAAACGACAAAAUGUGCUCUGAAUAAUCUGCUAAAGCUCUAUGUGUAUGUUACCAUUAAUAACAGACAUUAUCCUCAUUGAGCAUCAGUAAUUUGGGCUCCUGUUUAGGUCCUGAUAGUUUUGUGAAAGCAAACUGCAAAAUUGGCAUACUGGAUUCUUUGACACCUUCCAUCCUUUGUAGUUUUCCUGUAUAACAGAAGCCAAUAAAGCUACUUUUGUUGGUAAA